AACAAGAUUUGAGUUUCAAGAAGCCAACUCAAAACCAAAAACAAAACAAAAAAUCACAAAGAAUGCAAAUAAGAGAUGCAAAUCCCAGGGUUAUGUAUGGUGUGAUCAUCACCGUGUACGUUGAUCGUCAAACGACGACGACCGUCCCGUCGUUUCAAGGGAGACGUAAGAAAAAUGAAGGUGAGAGGCGUGAGAUCAGAAUGACACGUGGAUAUGAUCGGAGAGCGAAUCUAUUAACGCAUAUUCAGCAGUUGAGAAUGGGGAUUCUUGCCGGCGACGGAGAGAGUGACAACAACAAGCCUGAACGGCCGAACCCGAAGAAGAAGAAAAGGUGGAUAAGAAAAAUGUUUAGGAAGUUCCGGCUACCAUUUCGCCGGAAAAAUAGGAAGUGGAGAUACCGCCAGUUCGAUCCAGAUGAAGAAGAAGGAGAAGCAAGGUGCAAAACUAAUCACAAUUCAGAUCUUUGGAAUAAACUUAAACAUAUGGUUGGAGGUUUAUCACGCGGAUGCUUACGAGGUAGAAGAGACUCCUGAAGACAAAAUAAGAAUCAUGAUUC